GAUGACCAGAGACUGCGGACAGUACAGGGAUGACCAGAGACUGCGGACACAGUACAGGAGAUGACCAGAGACUGCGGACAUAGUACAGGAGAUGACCAGAGACUGCGGACAUAGUACAGGAGAUGACCAGAGACUGCGGACACAGUACAGGAGAUGACCAGAGACUGCGGACAUAGUACAGGAGAUGACCAGAGACUGCGGACACAGUACAGGAAUGACCAGAGACUGCGGACAGUACAGGAGAUGACCAGAGACUGCAGACACAGUACAGGAGAUGACCAGAGACUGCAGACACAGUACAGGAGAUGACCAGAGACUGCAGACA